AGAAGAAGAAGAGGAUGGUGGCAGUGCUCCCUUUGCCGAGGAAGGUGAAGAAUUGUCGGCUCCUUGUUGGUGUUUUGAACCGUGUGUGUGGUCGUGGGCGGAGAACAGCGUGGAGCAGCAGCAGCAGCAGCAGCGGCGGCGGCGGCGGUGGUGAAGGAUGCGGUUGAUGUCAACAACGUCGUGGAAACGAUAAACCAUGAUCACUACUGAGGCUGCAAGAGAGUUCCAGGCCAAAGAGCGCAAAUACGCGAAGCAGCUGAAGAGAUGUUUAUCAUGGGCUCUGUCCGAGGAUCUGAACAGGUUGUUACAGGAGGAGCUGGAAGCGGAUGUCACUCUGUUUGCCGGUACAGACUCUCUGCGAGCUCACAGAGCCAUACUGUUGGCCCGAGCUCCCCAUGUCUUUCAGGGACAAACACAUGAAGAUCCCACCGUCAUUCACCUGCCUGGAUAUGAUCUGCCCGGGCUGAGAGACUUCCUCAGGCGAGUGUACACAUCAAACCAGAGCACACGCUCGGCUGUAAUAAUCCCUGACGUGGAGGACGUCAUGCCAGAAACGACGGAGUGUCUUCCCGACACGGCAGAUCUUCGCAGUUCCACUGACUCAGACGCUGUUGUCCUCAUGCCAGCUUCUGGCCUUGGAGCAGACUUGCUGGAUCUGUACCAGAGGGGAGAGCAGUGUGACAUCACUGUCCAAGUAGCGGAGCACAGUUUCUACUGCCACAGGGCGGUGCUGUGUGCUCGGUCACGGUACUUUCGUGCGAUGCUGAGUGGAUGUUGGAUGGAGAGCUCCAGACAGUGCAUCACACUGCAAGGCCUAGAGCCCGAUGAGAUGGAGAUUCUACUCCAGUACAUGUAUGGAGCCAUUAUGGAUCUGCCCCCUGGAGCCAACGCCAGUCAGGUGAUGCUGGCAGCAGACAUGUUGAGUUUGGAGGGGCUGAACAAUAUUGUGGAGAUGGUUCUGAUGCGAGACUACUGCCACUUCUUCCCCAAGUUGUCAGUUGAUGGAGUUAAGAGAACAGUUCUCGAGUGCCUGUCCCUCACACACGCCUUUGGCCUUCAAAACCUGCACAUUCUUUGUAAGAGGUGGAUUGCUGAGCAUUUUGUGAAGACCUGGUGUGAGCGGAACUUUUCCCUUUUGUCUCCUGAGUUCCAAAGAGCCUCUUUCACCGCUGUGAUUGAAACCAUGACUGUGCAGAAUGCAGUAACCAUACUCUGUGACACCGAGCAGCUGCUUGGCAGUCUCCCAGAAGUGAAGUGGGCUCAACAGGUGAGAAGUCUGGCAACAGAGUUACAGGAGGAGAGCCUGCGUGUCAUUUUCCAGCACCUUCCUGUAGUCACCCACACUCAGGCCUUUCACGACCUCCGCAGGAGGGAAGAGUUUACCCAGGAGCCCACAGUGCUGAGGAAGCUGUGCUCGGCCAUCAGAGAACGUGUGACUGUGGAAAACUGCUGCAGCCUGUUCAAUGCUGUCAACUCUCUGUGUGGAGAUGGCACGGAGGAGGAGACUCUCCUGAAGCAGAGGUGGCAAAGACCAGAGGAGCCGUUUAGACAAGAGAUCUGUACACUGAAAGCUCGACUGUGGACAUUCCUGCUUCAAACCUUUUACGCCGUCCGCCACACGCAGGGAUGGGAGACUCUGUCGUCCGAACACAGAGAGAGGAUUCAGGCAGAUGCUAUUGAUAAAGGAGACAACAAAAGACUUGCUAAAAAGCCAGUAUUCACUAGCUCACAGCAAAGGGCUGUAAAAUGCUCUUCACCUGUACCUGAAAGUCCUACUGUGCAAAGGACACAGCAGAGGGUGUCUGAAUACAGAACGUCAUCACCGCGCACUGAUAAAUCAGCCAUGAAGUCAGAUGGACUGGCAACGGCUAACAAACAAGGAGAUGGUCACUCGUCAUCAAAGACUGCGAAGAAGCCAGGAGAUCGGACUGUAGCAGCAAAAGGAAAAGCAGCAUCAGCUGCGACACCAGUUGUCAAUGGCACUGGAGCAGCUGGAGCCAGAAGAGACGUGGCCAGCGCCAAUGGCUCCAGAGGCUCUCACGGGGCUAAAGAGCAAGAGAAGAAGCCAAACCCAGGCGCGAGGCCUAAAACCUCUCCCCCGAGCUGCACGCCACCAGCGAAGACUCAGAAAAGCUUGGCAGGAAAAUGUGACGGCACUGUUGGCAGCAGCCGAGCUCAGCCCAUUGCUUCAUCUGCCUCAGGCAGCACUUCGCCAGAGAACGGAGCCAGCAGCCCUCGCAACAACACUCACUCCACUCCAGGUACGAAACCCAAACACCAGAUCAAGGCAGUGACCAAAUCCCCGCAGAUGAAACCUGCUCAGAAAUCAGAUGCAACAAAGAGCAGCAGUCCGACUAUUAAGUCGAGUGUGAGAGAAGGCGGCAAAGUCAAGGCUGGUGCAGCUGAAAAAGUGUCCACUGCUGCCAGACAAGACAGCAAGGGACGAGUAACACCAGACCACCUUGUCUCCAAGCAUGGAUCCUCCAUGAAAAAGCCAGCUUCACCCAGCAAAGAUGGUUUGAAAUCCUCCACAGGACCCAAAGCAGGCUGUGAAACACCUAAAAAGAAAAUCACGAAAACUGUAGCAGACAUCGGCGCCAAAUCAGCUAGUGUUAAGCCACUGAAAUCCAGUUUGGCAACUUGCAAGCAAAUUCCAACUGUUGCUGCCAAGUCUGGGCCAAAGCUGAACAGCACUACUGCAGAGAAAACCUCACCAAAAUCUGGAGGAGCCUCCAAAACCUCAGCUGCUGCUGGUGCGGCGGCUGCUGCUGCUACCACUAAAAAGUCAAUAACUAAAGGGAAAUGUGCAGUGAAUGGUAAAAAUACAGAUUCUAAAUCUGAGCUUGGUCCAACCGAAAACAACAAGCAUGUUGCAGUGCACGAAGAAAGUAGAGAAGCAGCGCUCUCUGGAGACACAGCAGCUCACAGCUCACGCUCCACAAACCAGGGAGGAGAGGAUUUACUCAGUCUUCAUUCCGACUGCAGCAACACACGACUGAAUGUCCGAAACACUGAGGACAACAGUGUUACACCAAAUAAUGUUAAAUCUGCUCUCACAGAGGUCUGCAAACAAACUGAAGGGAAUAAAGUCAAACAGACUCCGGGUCACGUCAGUGGAGGGCAAGUUCACGAUGUGAGCUCCCAGAGAGACACUGAACCCCCCGCAGACACCCCCUGCAGCAUGGGAAGCACUCUCACCCCGUUAGAGGACUCCUGGAGCAGCGUCCACCCUCAGGUCAGCCCUGAAUCUGAGACCGGCAGCAUGCACACCACGUCCUCCGAUGACAUCAAGCCCCGCUCGGAGGACUACGAUGCAGGAGGCUCACAAGAUGACGACUUCUCCAACGACCGGGGGGUUUCCAAGUGUGGUACCAUGCGCUGUCACGACUUCCUGGGUCGCAGCAGCAGCGACACAAGCACUCCAGAGGAGCUGAAGAUGUACGAAGGCGGGGUCGGGCUGAGGGUGGAGGUGCGGCUGCGCGGGAGAGAGGCGGAAACUACCAGCGAGGAAGAGGGAGUGAGGCGUCGCCCUCGCUCCUUGGUACAAAGAGACGAAGGAGAGGAGAAGAACUCCGAGGUGGAGGCAGUCGUGACCGUGAAAAGUGUCCCUGACCACCAGCUCUUCUCCUCUGAGGAUGAAGAGGAGACCGAAGAGGAAAGGUCAGAGGUCGAAGUCAUUCCAGGUCAUGCGUCAGUGGCUCCAACCGAGCCGUCACCACAGUUUCAUGGAAUCGUCAACCUUGCUUUCGAUGAUGACGGUUUUGACCAGGAGAAUGAGCAGCCUGACUACCAGUCCACCUCCAACUUCCGUCGCUCAGUGUUGCUCUCUGUUGACGAGUGUGAGGAGCUGGGCUCAGAGGAAGGCGGUGUGCAAACUCCGCCUCAGAAGUCUGAUGAUGCUGCGGCUUCCUGUGAUGUUUUUGAGUCUGAAUCUACAGCUUUUCAGCCAGAUUCUGCCCCUUCCACUGAUCCACAGAACCAUCUUGAAAAUACCGGUAUGAAGGAUGAGAAGCGGGAAGAAAAAUCCCUCGUGUUCCUUACCGAGAUCCAGGAGUCCACACAGGGUGCGAACCACGUCAAGGUGGUGGAUGGAGUGAAGUCCGGUGUCCCGAACUCGGACACGGUCACUCGAGACCUCCUCCCUCCUCAGGAGCGGCCCUGUCACUUGGACCUGCGAAACACUGAACAGUACAACGGCGCUCUGCGGAAAAACCACAGCAAUCCCUCAGAAAACAAGAAAGCUGACAUACAUCUAGACUUAAAUGACCCUCAGCUGACAGGUGACUCUCCUGUUCAUGCUGCACAGUCUCCAGCAGGUUGUGACAAUGGUUGUGACAGAUUGGAUCAAAGCUGCAAACAUGAGCGCCGACCGUCCAAAGCCCUGUCUCCCAUUUACGAGCUGGACGUGGGAGAAGCCCUCGAACACUGCUCUGGCAAAGACAGGGAUGUAAGACUGCGAGAGGACCCCGACGAUGAGCAAAGAGGGGAUGCUGACAAAGGCAGUUACUUUGCAGAGCGGGACUGGAGCCUGCUCAAGCAGCUGCUCUCUGACCAUGAGUCCAACCUAGGAGUCAUAAACCCAGUACCCGAGGAGCUCAACCUGGCCCAGUUCCUCAUCAAGCAGACUCUGUCCCUGUCACGUGAUGGACUGGACUCGCAGGCCUUCCUAUCCCCAGAGAAGGAGACCUUCAAACGCUGGGCGGAGCUCAUCUCACCCGUGGAGGACUCCUCCACCAGCAUCACCGUGACCAGCUUCUCCCCAGAAGAUGCUGCGUCUCCGCAGGGAGAGUGGACCAUUGUGGAGCUGGAGACUCAUCACUGACCACACUGAGGAGAUCCUGCUGGACAGUUGACGUCUUCUCUUUGAACUUCUUUUGCAUCAACAUGUCUUCAUUUAUUAUUAUUAUAGGUUAUAAGUUCUCUUUUCAUGACAUUUCUUGGUCUGUUUUUUUUUUGGACUCUGGACUUUGAAGCAGCCUGUUUUCAUCCCACAUCAUUCCCUGGAUCAUGGACUGGUUCCACAGUGGGCUGUUGUGCAUGCUGAUAUUUUUCUAUGUUUGAUUGUUUCUUGUUGCUUUAAAAGCUCCAAGGGGGAAAAAAAAAUAGAGCGUUUUUGUCAUGACAGACCUCUGAAAGUUUUUGGCCUAAUGGCUUGCAUUUAGUGUCAUUGAAAAUAAACCGUUGUGUCAC